AUGACUAUGGAUGCUGAGAUGCUGAGCUCUUACGAGAGCACGCUGCAGACGCAGGUGCAGAACAAGCGCCACUUUGUGACCCAGGCGCGUGAUGUGUUGCGCGGGCAGGACAGGCGCGAUGCGGGGCCCGCCGAGGGCAAGACUGGCGUCGAGAGCCUGUUGAAACGGCCAAUGAUGUACCCUGAGCGGUCGGACCCGAUCGGCGUGUCCCUGCUUGCCGUGUCGCAGACCACACGGCGAACUACUUCUUUGGAAUGGUUGCGGUCGAUGCGUGAGCACAACUCGCGACUGGAGCGGACGCUGGCGGCUCAGACUGCCACAAAUGAGCAAUUGAAGUCUCUUCUGCUGGCACUCGAGGGAUCAAUUGACCUUGAGGAUCAGUCCAUGCCCUCACCUCCGUCUUCACGUCCCGUGGAGCAAGAACAAGAGCAAGAUGGGGAGAACGCCAGCCAGUGGGCCGCCCUGGAAGAGCUGGUUGAGUCACGAUUGCUGCAACGACGGAUCCCACAGACGAGUGUCCAUCGUGCGGUUGCAUUGCUGCGCCGGCUCGUGGCAGGGGACGGUUCCAUCGAGCAGACCGCAUUCGAAAUCGACGACCACUGCGCAGAGAUGUAUUGGUUGCUGCUGAGGCACGGUCUUAUCCAUAAGGACCAUGACCACGUCCGGCUCGUGUUCUGUACCGGGCGCUGA